UUAAGGCUGGAUUAACAAGCAUUAUUAAAAUUGAGUCAGACUUUGCACGCCAAGCCCUUCAGGACCUGGUGUUAUUAUUUAUUGAUUCUCUCCCUAAAACAAUGAGGGUGCCCUCCUGGUGAGGCUGCUCAGCGGGGCAGGUGCUGGGCCUGUUGGAGCAGCCCUCGUGGGUCAGGUCUCCCAGGAAGCAUCUUGAAAUAUCUGUUUGUGAGGGGCCUCUUCACCUUCUAACUUGUGGCCAUUUCAUUGUUCCCCACCAAGAGGGUCUGAGGAAGCCUCUGAUGGUGUGUUUCUGGGCUCACUCUGGGCUUGUCUGGUCUAGGGCCGGCCCCCUCACUCCCUGCUGGGCCCCUCCUCCCUGAAGAUCUACACAGCAGAUCUACUCACAAAAGUCCACCCAGCAGAAGCAGGAGGAUGGUGGUUGUGGGUCCUCUGUGCGCAGCCCUUUAAACCAGCACGGCUGCCACAGCUGUGAGCCAAGCACCUGGUCAGUGGAGAGCUGUGGAUUGCAUAUUUGUUUGCCAGUGCCCCCGCCACCCUGCAAGUUGCACCUUCUAGAACCAGCGAGCCAAGCUCCUCUCACCCAGCGUAAUGAUGCGGAAAUGCAAAUGCACCAUCAUGUUGUGACCCAUAUUGCGAAAAUUAGAAAAAAGGAAGUUGUGUUUCGCUAUUGCACGAAGUUCAGCCCGGAGGAGAAACUCGCUCGCCUUUAGAAGACAGAUAUUGUGGGUCCUGGUAGGUGACAAGGGGCCCAUUGUCUGAGGAGGGAGACAGGGACAUGAGCCUACCGAGGUUGGAUCUGGCUGGCUGCAAGGACAGUGCAGGGCAGGCUCUGUGUGAAAUGGGUGUAGCCACGUCUGGGUCUGGAGACAAGCUGCCUGCUGCCUAGUGACACGAACCUGUGCCCAUGGUGCCUCUGUCCCCACACAUGAGCUUCCCCACUCCCUCCUUCUGAGCUUGCCGCCUCCCGUACCUCCUAAAUGGCUCUACUUUGAACCUGCUGGGCCAGGAAGAGAUUUUCAAGGAAACCAUCUACCGUGUGUGAGCCCCUGCCGGCCAACUCCAGACCCCAGCACGGAGCCAGGCGCCUGUGCCCGCCGACCCUCAGCACCCUCCUCGGAAAGGCUGGUGGCAUCAGGAAGCCCCUUGCCAGCCUCCACCUGAGCCCAGUGAGCUCAGCUUUAAGGAUGGAGUCAAGCGGGGGGUCCUCAACCCCUCCAGGACCCAUUGCUGCCCUACGGAUGCCAGACACUGGGCCUGGCAGUUCCUCCCUAGGGAAGCUUCAGGCGCUCCCUGUCGGGCCCAGAGCCCACUGUGGGGACCCUGGCAGCCCGGCUGCAGCAGGAGACCGCUCUCUAGACACAGGCCCCACAGGAGAGCUGAGUGGUAGCUUAAAGAUCCCCAACCGGGACAGCGGGAUUGACAGUCCAUCCUCCAGUGUGGCUGGAGAGAACUUUCCCUGCGAGGAGGGCUUGGAGGCUGGCCCAAGCCCCACUGUACUGGGGGCACACACAGAGAUGGCCCUGGACAGCCAGGUCCCGAAGGUCACCCCCCACGAGGAGGCCGACAGCGACGUGGGUGAGGAACCUGACCCUGAGAACACCCCCCAGAAGACUGAUGAGGAUGCUGGCCUGGCCCAGCACUCUGGCCCCCAGAAGCUUCUCCACAUUGCCCAGGAGCUCCUGCACACCGAGGAGACCUAUGUGAAGCGGCUGCACCUGCUGGACCAGGUUUUCUGCACCGGGCUGACGGAUGCUGGGAUUCCUCCAGAAGUCAUCAUGGGCAUAUUCUCUAACAUCUCCUCCAUCCACCGCUUCCACGGGCAGUUCCUGCUGCCGGAGCUAAAGACGCGGAUCACGGAGGAGUGGGACACAAACCCACGGCUCGGGGACAUCCUGCAGAAGCUGGCCCCAUUCCUGAAGAUGUACGGCGAGUACGUCAAGAACUUUGACCGAGCCGUGGGGCUGGUGAGCACGUGGACCCAGCGCUCCCCACUGUUUAAAGACGUCAUCCACAGCAUCCAGAAGCAAGAGGUAUGCGGGAACCUGACGCUGCAGCACCACAUGCUGGAGCCUGUGCAGAGGGUCCCCCGGUACGAGCUGCUGCUCAAGGACUAUCUGAAGAGGCUCCCGCAGGACGCCCCAGACCGGAAGGAUGCAGAGAGGUCCUUGGAGCUCAUCUCCACAGCCGCCAACCACUCCAAUGCCGCCAUUCGGAAAGUGGAGAAAAUGCACAAGCUCUUGGAGGUGUACGAGCAGCUGGGUGGGGAAGAAGACAUUGUCAACCCAGCCAAUGAGCUGAUCAAGGAGGGCCAAAUCCAGAAGUUGUCAGCCAAGAACGGCACCGCCCAGGACCGCCACCUCUUCCUGUUCAACAGCAUGAUCCUUUACUGCGUGCCCAAGCUGCGGCUCAUGGGCCAGAAGUUCAGCGUCCGGGAGAAGAUGGACAUCUCAGGCCUCCAGGUGCAGGAUAUCGUCAAGCCAAACACAGCACAUACAUUCAUCAUAAUGGGAAGAAAAAGGUCCCUGGAGUUGCAGACACGGACAGAGGAAGAGAAGAAAGAAUGGAUUCAGAUCAUCCAGGCCACCAUCGAGAAGCACAAACAGAACAGCGAGACCUUCAAGGCUUUCGGUGGCGCCUUCAGCCAGGAUGAGGACCCCAGCCUCUCUCCAGACGUGCCUAUCACAAGCACCAGCCCUGUGGAGCCUGUGGUGACCACUGAAGGUGGUUCGGGUGCAGCAGGGCUCGAGCCCAGAAAACUAUCCUCUAAGACCAGACGUGACAAGGAGAAGCAGAGCUGUAAGAGCUGUGGUGAGACCUUCAAUUCCAUCACCAAGAGGAGGCAUCACUGCAAGCUAUGCGGGGCGGUCAUCUGUGGGAAGUGCUCCGAGUUCAAGGCCGAGAACAGCCGGCAGAGCCGUGUCUGCAGAGAGUGUUUCCUGACACAGCCAGUGGCGCCCGAGAGCCCCAGCCCUGAGGCUCCAGCUGAGCCCAGGCAGAGCACAGAGAAGACACCCACUGCAGACCCCCAGCCCAGCCUGCUCUGCAGCCCCUUGCGGCUGUCAGACAGCGGUGAGACCUGGAGCGAGGUGUGGGCCGCCAUCCCCAUGUCAGAUCCCCAGGUGCUGCACCUGCAGGGAGGUAGCCAGGAUGGCCGGCUGCCGCGCACCAUCCCUCUCCCCAGCUGCAAACUGAGUGUGCCGGACCCUGAGGAGAGGCUGGACUCGGGGCAUGUGUGGAAGCUGCAGUGGGCCAAGCAAUCCUGGUACCUGAGCGCCUCCUCCGCAGAGCUGCAGCAGCGGUGGCUGGAAACCCUAAGCACCGCUGCCCGUGGGGACACAGCCCAGGACAGCCUGGGGGCCCUGCAGCCUCAGGUCCCUAUGGGCACAGCUGCUCCGUGAGCUGAGUCUCCCACUGCCCUGCACACCACCACAUUGGACCUGUGCUGUCCUGGGAGGUGGCAUUGGAGGCCACAUGAAGAGCGCCCUGGACUGCUGAGGGUGAGCCGACAGCCCAGGGCUUAGGACACUUGGCUUUGGAGGGAAGGAAACUGAGGCCCGGAGAGGGGCAGCCACUGGCCAAGGGUCACCCAGCAAGUCUUGGCUAAGAGCCUGGCCUCCAGCACCAGCAGUGUGGCCCAGAGCAGGGGCCGACUGCCAAAGUAACCAUCAUCCAUAUGGGCCGUGUGGUGAUGCUGGCCCGGAAGGCAGAAGGAGGCAGCAUGGGCGCUGCCAGGGACAGCCACAUCCUGCUGGUCUGCAGUGUGGUCCACCCCACCUCUGCCCAGCCUGUCUACACCAUGUGAGCUGAAUCGUGACUCGCUUCCCACCUCCUUUCUCUGUCCUCUCCUGAGGUUCUGCCUGCAGCCCCCAGGAGGUGGGCCUGCCCUAUCCUAGUUGGACUCAUGGUUCCUAAAUAACUGCGCUCGGAAGCUCUGCUAGGACUUACCCCAGCCACUGAGUGGCAGGCGCAUGAGAUUUGUGGCUGUUCCUGAUGCUAGCGGCACACAGUGCUUAUCUGCAUAAAUAAACACUGGCCACCAGCAGUG